CUCCCCCACGCCAGAAACGAGUACCCUCUCUCACGCAGAAGAAACAAACGCAGCGUCCCUCCCUCAGCCUCCUAUCUCAGUGCCUCUCUCAAGCCAAUGCCACCAUCGCCUAGCCCUCUCUCCCCUUCGCCCAGCCCUCGCUCCGUCUUGCCCCCUCUCCCAUCACCCAGCUCCUCCGUUUCGCCCAGCUGGGUUUUCAGAGUGACUUGUCGCUGCUCAUCUCGGCCAAGGUGUGGCGUGAGUUUGUGAUUUUUAAUGUGGGUAUGUGAUUUGUGAUUUGUGGUGUUUGUGACGUGGGUUCGGUGAGUUUGUGAUUUGGUUUUUGGGUGGUGAGGGUUCCGAUUUGUAAAGGUUGUGGGUGCCGGUGAUGGUGGCUAUGACUGUGCUGUGGUGGUUUAUGUUGGUUGUUGGCUAUGGUUGUGCUGAAGCGGUGGUGGUUUGUGAUGGUUUAUUGAAUUGAAUAUAUUAUUUUAUUAAAACCCCCAGUUAUCAAAACCCUUUUAGACUUGUUUUACCCCCAAUAAGCUACUCCACCAGGUGCUUGAUAAAAUUAUUUGAUAAAAUUAUUGAGAGAGAGCACAAAAUAAGAGAAAACAUGGGCAAGAGAGGAAGGACUAAUAAAACACCAAAUGUGUCGUCACCUGGGUUACACAAUCCAAUCUCGCUGAGGGAAGAAGCUACUGGAAGAAAGCAAACCAAAGCUGGCUCUAAGAAUGCUAAAUCCAUGUUAAAACUUGAGCACUUGCAGAAGCUAGCGACAUGGGCCAGUGGGGAGGCUGCUAUUCCUUCAUUAGGUGCUUUCUUUGGCCAACGUUUGGCCACUGUAACAGAGGCCAUGGGGGAGCGUGCUGACCCUUCUCUGUUUUCAUGUGAGAGAUGUGAAACAAUUCUUCAGCCUGGGUUUAACUGCACCGUUCGAAUUGAAAAGAAUAGGGCAAGGGCAAGGCAUAGACGCAAGAAAACUAAUGAUUUCACACAGAACAACGUGGUGUACAAAUGUCACUUCUGUUCACAUUGGAAUCUGAAGAGAGGGACCCCAAAAGGACAUAUGAAAGAGAUAUGUCCCUCAAAAGCCAAAACAUCUUUAAAAUCAGAACCUGCAAAAUCCAGGCUUCGGAAGUGCACUAACUUGGAGAAGGUUACGGGAGACAAGAAUGGUAUCAAUAAAACAGAUGAGAUUUCUUCACCAGCACUAGCUAAGGAAAUUCCAACUACAGAUAGUCCUGUAACUCCAUUGGUGAAAACUGGUACUACCUUGUUGGAGUCAAGAAGGAGAAAGAGGAACCGAUCAGCAUCCAAGAAACCACCUGGAGCUGAAAACAAUUCUACCCCAAUAGAUGCAGAAAAAACUGUGAGCAUGUCAAAUAAACGAAGAAAAAAAACUUGGACUGGUUUGAAGGAAAUUGCUGAGAGUACCAAGUAUGAUAGCGCUCGAAACAUCACUAAUUUGGCAAUCCCAUUCUUUACAUAAGUGGGGAACUUCUCUUUUAAUUUUUUUAAAGAUUUUUUUGAGGUUAGCAAAUUCCUCUUUUUUUUGUUUCUAUCUUUCUUUUUUGAGAAUAUCAAAAGUUAUAAUUUUGUUACACUUUAGUAGAUCAAUACUCCCAGAUUGAAAUCACUAUAUCAAAAGCGCUUUUAGAGGUGUAAAUCUGUAGUUAUUUUUUUGUGUUGUAGAGAAACAGAGAGCAUCUUUUAUUUCUUGUGAAUCUCCAAAUCCACCAAAAUGUUAUUCUGUGUAACCUGUUAGCAACUUACAAACUAAUGAUUCGACACUGAUGAUAGUUCAGUCUCAAA